CGUUUAAGUAUUCCCUUUAUUUUUUUGAGCAGUGCAUAUCUGCAGACAUUACUGGGGAGAGUCAGGUAAAAUCCACUGUGCUCCAGUGUACACUCGAAUGGAGGUGUUUUUAUCCUGCAUGAGGGUUUAAGUUAACCCCCACUGCCUCCACCACCUCUUCCUCUAAUACUCAACUGUUGAAGGCCCGGGUCACCUCUGCCCCACUCUUAUUUCUUUAAGACCCUUACAAAUGCUAUUUUAGAUCAAAUGUCUAUAACUGUUAGCAUGUAUCGAUUUCCAUCCUUUUUAUCAGCAAGUGCCUGCAUGCCACAUAGAUCCGCCUGAAACCGGGACAUGGGAUGAGUAGAAAAAAUAUAUAUUUAGAGGAAAUUGUUUUCGCACCGGUUUAUGCAGAGUGUAAGCAUCCUGUUCUGCUAGCCAAUCAUUCACAUGAGCAUCGCCUAACCUGCUACCUGUUUCUUCAACUAUAGCUCUCUGGAACCUCUCCUUCCCGCAGAAAGACCCUGGGUUAGAGGGGGUAUAAUAAAUGUAUUUCAUCAUCUACUCAGCUACCCUUCUUGCCUCACUGAUGUACAAUAACAUUAAUAAGCCCAUUAAAAAUAAUGACAACAUUUCAUAUACAUACAUUCAGACAAUUCAGGAUACGAAGCAAGAUAUUAUUACCUGUUUUCUCAAUGACCCAUGCAUGCAACACAUGGUAUACUUGGUUUACAUUUACAGACUUAUAUAUCUCUGAAUUUUAAAACACAUACAUCCGUUAUACAAGUAUAUUAACAACAAAAUAUGAUACAUGUUACAAUUAAAUGAUGGUUCAAACAAAUAAACUAAAAUCUUAGACAAGGAUGUUUCUAGUUCUUCAGAAUCAUCCACAAGACGUGAUACCUGUUGUGACCAGUGUAGUCUUCCCCGACUCAUGAUUUGUUCCAUUUUUAACACACGCUCUGCAUUAACCCCUGUAUUGUUGGAUGUGUAGAGCGAUACAUUGUCCACUUCCUCUCAAAAGAAAAAAUGCAUUUAUUCUCUUUAACAUAUAAACAAUGGGUAACAAUUUGCAUACUAUCUAUUUAAAAAUAAUAAUAAUGUUACUCGUUUUCUUGGGGUUUAUUGGGCCAGAAAGUCACUACAUCAGCCACCAAAGCUUCCUUGUAUUUGUUGUUGUCCACCAGUGCUUUCCUGGUUUCUUUGAGUCUCUCAUGGAUGAAGAUCGCCUCCUUCAGUUCAUGUAGGAAUGUAUCUGUCACACCAUAGACCCAUACACCAUAGACUCAUAGACUCCAGGGCUCUGACCAUCGAUGUUAAAAAACGGCCGGACCACAGUCUUUUCACCAGUUCAUCAAAGUGGUUGAAGGAGAGGUACUUGGGUGGGUCAUAUCAACAAGGAUGUUGUCGCUGGCUGGGGUGAUUGAUCUCACAACCAUGGCAUUUUUCUCUUAUAUACUCUCCAAUCGCCAUAUCUAAAAGUGCGGCUACAGAGGCCUUGAUGGUAUCCACAAAAAAAAUAGUACUGACCACCCCAUCAAACACAUCCUAAUGCUGUGUACAUGUCGGAGGUGUCGGGAGGCAUGUCUGGGGGGGAGUAGAAAGGAGGGCUGUGAGGCAUAGAGUCCUUCGGGUCUGGUACCCACGACGUAUUGGGAGUCCUCAUAUGUUACAUGAAUAUCCAUGGUAUAUGCUGAAAUGAAGAACCAUACGAGUUAUGGUCACCCGUUUUAUUGUUGAAGCCUUCCUUGGGGCUCGGGGCAUGAUUAACGUGACCCUUCUCUGGGUUCCUUUGAAUUAACAUCCUUAGGAUUCAUAUGUAUAAUCCACUGCCGGUGUUGGCUCUGUACAAAGAGAGCAUCCACUAACUCAAGCAUUUUCAAUUCCAUUAUAUCCCAACCUUUACUGUAAAAUGUGUGUUUCAUUAGCUAGGGAUCUCUCGGUUAGUGAAUUUCAUGUUUAAAUUGGUUUUGGCAUGAUUGUAUGUCUCAUUUCAAGUAACUAGCUGGAGGCUUAAAGAAACAUUCUAUCAUAUAAUUUGCACUGAAACCCAAAUAAAUGUAGAUAGAAAGAUGUGUGUGUCAUGUACUUUAGAAUGGAGGUUGAAAAACGACAGCAGAAUAUGCAUAUUCGCCCAUACAUAUGGCAUAUCCUUACACAUAUAGCAUACCUUGCAAUACAAUUUCUCUAAAAACAGUUGUACAAUGUGCUCUUCAAUAAGAAAACCAGAGUUUGAUUUCUAUACCAGAUGAGUUCUCAAAUAGCAGGUGCCCAAUAUCAUGGUGGACAUAUGCAUAAUGUUGGAUGCAUUGGAAUAUAAGGUAUGGCGAAUGAUACAGAGGCUGUAGGAUUAUACAAAAAGCAGUUGGGAAAUGAAUGUUUGAGUUUUAAACACUAAAUGUUCAGUGAAUGUGAGUAUAAUUAGGUGGUUUACAUGAUUAACUUUCCUAACCUUCUAAAAGUUGACGGUGACAUGCUUUUCAUAAUGUUCACUUCAUGCGUAUAACUUUGAACAAAGAACACCAUAAAGUGUUUAUUUUUUAUUUAUCUUGAAGAACAAUCUGGCCAUAAUGGCCACGUACUCAUCUCCACCCAGUACACCCAGAAGAGGACUGGCCACCCCUCAGAGCCUGGUUCCUCUGUAGGUUCCUACCAUUCCAGGGAGUUUUCUUAGCCACCGUGCUUCUACAUCUGCAUUGCUUGCUGUUUGUGGAGUGUUAGGUUGGGUUUCUGUAUAAGCACUUUGUGACAUCUGCUGAUGUAAAAAGGGCUUUAUAAAUAAAUGUGAUUCAUUGAUUGAUUAUUGAGUACGGAGACAAAUAGCAAAGGUAUUUCAGGCACUAUUUGGAGUAUGUAAAUAUAGUGUAACCUACCAAUCAAUGUAUAUCAAGUGCAGUGGAGGGCACAAUCUUACAAUGUUGUAGUCCAGAUAUGAGAGCUUUACCAUCUAUGCCAAAAGCCUGGGUCUCUGACGGAGACUGUAGAACUGUUAUCGCCGCAUUCUUCAGUAUUACCCCUACUCUCUAGGCGCAUGUGUGUCCAGGCCCUAUAGGCAUAUUGAAAGGAUCCCACCCUGGUCACCAAUGUAGCUGACCGAUGUAGAGAGGCAAGGACCUUAGCAGAAUGCAAUCUAAAGCUUGUGUGGUCCAGAGACGGGGAACUCUAGCAUCUUUGGCAAAAGCCUGGGCUCCUGACGGGAACAAUAGAAUUGUCCACAUUCCAUGUUAAAAUUGUAAUAUAAAACAAAUUUGUCACCAGUCAGAAGCGAGCUGCUGUCUGAAGAGGAACAGAUAUAGCUAGAUCCCAAAGACUGAAAUAAGAUAAAUAUCUGUUUGAGUGCACUUGAAAUAUGCAGCAUGCAAUACGAAUUGUUUUGAUUGUAUGAAGACUCCAUUGACCAUUUAGCCAAUUUAUUGAAAGCUAGCUCAUGUUUGACUAGUCAAGCCAGCUACUGUAAAUGUCCAUUUGUGUUUCAUUAGCUAGCAGUCAGUGAAUAGCAGUUGUGAAAAAAGUACACAAUUAUUAUAUUUGAGUAAAAGUAAUAGAAAAUGACUAGAGUAGAGGUGUAAGUCACCCAGUGAAGUACUACUUGAGUAAAAGUCUAAAAGUAUUUGAUUUGAAAUAUACUUAAGUAUCAAAAGUAAAUGUAAUUGCUAAAAUUUACUUAACUAUCAAAAGUAAAAGUAUAAAUAAUUUCCAAUUCCUUAUUUUAAGCAAACCAGACGGCAUUAUUUCCUUCCUUAUUUUAAUUUACGGAAAGCCAGGGGCACACUCCAACACUCAGACAUUAUUUACAAACGAAGCAUGUGUUUAGUGAGUCAUCAGAUCAGAGGCAGUAGGGAUGACCAGGGAUGUUCUCUUGAUAAGUGUGUGAAUUUUAUAAUUUUCCUGUCCUGCUAGGCAUUCUAAAUGUAAAGAGUACCUUUUGGGUGUCAAUGAAAAUGUAUGGAGUAAAAAGUACAUAAUUUUCUUUUGGAAUGUAGUAAAGUAAAAGUUGUCAAAAGUAUAAAUAGUAAAGUACAGAUACCCCAAAAACUACUUAAGUAAAAAUAUUUUUAAGUAUUUCUUAAGUACUUUACACCACAGGUGAAUAGCACUUGGCUGAUCUCUUGGAGCAGGACACAGGAGAGCUGAAUAUAUCAUGUGAGACAAGAAUUCAUCAAAUAAAUCGCAGCAAAGCAAUGUAGUUUGUGAUUUUUGUUGUCUUAAACUAUUACCUAGAAUAAACUGAUCGCUCUAUGGCUAGCACGUCAUUCCAGGAAAGGGGCGUUUUAGCUAUCUGCUCCUGCUAGCUACAUCUAAUGGUCUGGGAGGACAGAACACUACCACUCCACACCCCCUACAACUGUUCUGCAGUAAAACCUCGCAAUCCCAAGUAUUUCUCUCCCGCUGCUACCACAACCUCUAUUUUCUGCAACUUUAGAUCCAUUUCUGCAAUACAAUUGACAACCAUAGCUAUGAAUGCCAAGAAACCUACCUUACUGAAGCACAAUAUUUCCAUCACUCUCUUAGUUUCUGCCUACUCACAGAAAUCCUCUAAGGAUCCCUCACCCUGUACCAUCUUCCUCAGCCACUCUCUUCACUGCUUCAGCAUGUUUUUUUUUUUGGGACACCGGGAUUUGACAGCAGAUGCAUUACAAGGAAUCCUAUCGAUUUAAUGCUCCAUCCUCACAGGCACCUGAGCCUGUUUAGGGAUGGGAUUUGAACUGUGACUGAAGGAGUGGAGUGGUAUCUUGAUGUAUUUUGUGUAUGAUCUCGGUUUACGCCCCUUCCCACAAUGGAAUCUUUUUGUUUCAAUACCCCGUACAGUAGGUGGUGGCAAUACACCACAAUAGGUGUAGUUUGCUAUAAAACCUUGAAGACUUGAUGUGUAACAUAAUAAGCAGUACCGUAAUUCAAAGAACAGCGCGCAUAUCACUCAUUUUUAGCCACACCCUUUGAGCUAUGACGCCACCCAAUAACAUCCUUUCUCUCCAGUGUAACGGAAGUGAACAGUGACCAAGAAUAAUUUCCACAUUAGCGUUUUUAUUGUUCCUAUUAAGACGUUUAUUGACAACAUGGAACUCAAAAUAUGACUAAUUUAACUGCACAGCAUCACAUACUCACCCCAUGUAGUCUUUAAUUCGCGUUGGGGGCGGGACUUGGUUAAAAUACGUUUUUUUUUAGGUAACGCUAGUUAGCUGCUAGCAAUGGCUAACUGUAUGGUUUUUCACACUCAAAUAGCCUCCAUCAUGGAGGUGCUAGCGAAUGCAGCCGUGGCAGAUAUCUGUAAGCUCGUAGACGACGACUAUGCAGUGUUUCGUUUGGAAAUAACUAAAAGCCAGAAAGAAAACAGGGCAUUGCGGAGGAAACUACAGCUUCUGGAACUGAAGGUAUCACGGGAGCGCGCAGAGAGGACACCGCGAGAGCGCGUCCUCGCCAGUAGUGUCAAGAUCCUCGACCAAUUCAGAGGAAUGGCAAGAGGUGAAGGACACCUCACUGGAGGUCACAGGAGCUUUGUGAAGCCAGCGGGACACAAUACAUGGCGAGAUGACCCACCAAUCACUGUUGAUGAGCUGAGUGGAACCUCAACCCAGCAUGUUAACGUGAUAGAGUCUGCAGAGGCUGCAGGUCCUGGGGUCAAGCAGGAGAGGUCUGAAGGAGAGGAGGAUACACGUCACAGCAGAGACAUCCAGGCUGGAGCGCCCCCUGUACCCACGGAGGACACUACCACCGCCCCAGCGCAACCCAGGACCCGACGCAGGAUCACGGAGGAGGAGGAGGGUCCAGAGGUGCUGCUGGUGAAGGAGGAGGGGUGUGAGGAGGGUCUGGGGAACCCUGAGGGGACCAUAGUCAUGGAGGACAACCAGACUACACCUCCUCCUGAACCGACAGAGGAACCAACAAAGCAGCACAGGACCACAUACAGUCUCACUGAGUCAGUAGACAUGGUGGAUGGGAAGCCUGAUCUGCUGCUGGUCAAAGAGGAGACCAUAGAAGACGUACCAGAGAGCAUUGACCUGUUAAGUGGACAAAAGAUGGGGGAGCAAGGUGGUUGGCUGGAGAUUAAAAGAGGAGACUGGGCGGCCAUCUUGGAUUCCCAGACCGGUGCAGCCAAGGGUCGAGGGGACAACAUCACCGAGCUGGCUAGGGCCAGAGGAGACAUAGUGGAGGUCAGAGAAUGGGACAGAGUCCCUAAUGCCGAGCUGGGGAACAACACUGUUAACCACAACCCAAAACAGACUGUCGAACACAAAACAACAGUCAAACUUAAUUUCCAUGACAACAGACUGGCUGAGACCAGGGCAAGGCGUAGAUUUGGUCUGCGAGGACGAGGUGGUGUCUGUAUGCGGCAGGAGAAAACAGCCACAGACUCUGCUAGCGAUACUCCGUCCUGCUCCUAUAGUUGUGAUUCAGAGAGACUGAUGGUGCCUCAGGUUAACCCCCUAACAGGUGCUGCCUUCAGCCUGCCUUCUAUAGGAUAUAUCAACUGGAACAUGGAUGCUGUGACAACACAAAACCUCCCUGGCCUUCAUCCUCCUCACACUCUCCUAAUGUUAAACCAGACCUCAGACAAUGCCAGUGCCUCAACACUAAAUGGCUACAUAACCCCAUUGACAAAUGACAGUAGUAGAGAUGGAAUAAGUAAAGGUGGUGGCGCCAAAAAUAAGCGAUUCCCGUGUUCAUUCUGUGGGAAAGUGUUCAGUUUCCCCCAACAGGUGGAGAUCCACCAGAGGAUGCACACAGGGGAGAAACCGUUCAGCUGCAACCUGUGCAGGGUCAGUUUCUCACACUCAUCCAGCCUAAAGAGGCACCAGAGGGUCCACACAGGGGAGAAACCAUUUGGCUGCCACCUGUGCCGGGUCAGUUUCUCCCACACGUCUAGCCUGAAAAGGCACCUGAAGGUCCACACGGGAGAGAGGCCGUUCGCCUGUACGCACUGCGAGAAGAGAUUCUCAGAGAGGAGCUACCUCAGGUUACACCAGCAGAAAAUGCACACAGGCCAUGUAUAGUGACAUAUAAUGUAGUAUUAGUGGUCCUUCUGUAGCUCAGUUGGUAGAGCAUGGCGCUUGUAACGCCAGGGUAGUGGGUUCGAUCCCCGGGACCACCCAUACGUAGAAUGUAUGCACACAUGACUGUAAGUCGCUUUGGAUAAAAGCGUCUGCUAAAUGGCAUAUAUUAUUAUUAUAUAUUAUUAGAUCGUUCGUAGUUAAUUAUGUUGGUUUUGGAUGUAGUAGGGAGCUGGAUGAGGUGACAUGAGGGAAGAAUGAGUAUGAUAAUGCAGAGGAGAUGAUAUGGUGAUGGUUGGUGUGAUAGUGUCUGUAAAAAUGCUUCACUGAUGAAGAGUGACAACCUUAUCAUGGUGUUUGAUGCUGGUGUUUUAUAAUGAGGAAAUGAUAGUGCCUUAAUUCAUGUAUACUUGGUAUAAAGCAAUGAAGCUGUGUGUAAUGUAAUGUUGAACCGUUUCCAAAGUAUUCUCAACUUCAUUUUAUCAAAGAGAAGGGUACCAGAUUUGGUAACAGGUCAACUGUUACCAUAGUGAUAAAAGUUAUUCUCCAUGUCACUAGGGCUGUUGCGGUAAUCCAGCAUUCAUGCGUCAUGACCGCAAUAAAAUUCUAAUGUGACCAGUCAUGGUAAUCUCCUUUUUGUACAUAUGUUCGUAGUACCCAACUCUGUAACGAUCAUCAGGUCGCUAAUGGCCUGGUACUCGGGGCUCUAUUGUCCUUCUAGCCACUCUGACAUCAAUGCAAAUGUAAUCGAAAAUCACAUUAAACACAUCAUCAAAACAGUAUGUGCUUUUAAAACUCACCUCACUCUGAUUGAUUGAUCAAUUUGAAUAAAUUAGUUCAACAAUAGGUUGAAUCUGAGUGGAAAAAAGAUAUCUUUGGUACAAACUUGCCCUAGCCUAAAUAAAAACAAAUUCAGAGUCUACAUUAUAGUGGAUUUUGGGGGGAUUUUGUAUAGCCUAGUAAUAGGGCACAUUUUAUAUUUUUCAUAAUUAAUAGGCUGAUAUGUUACCUUUAGCUACAGAAUAUCUCACCACCAUGCCUUUCCAUCUCCUCCCCGCUUUCCUUAAUGCCAUUCUUCAGCGCACAGUGAGAGGGGCUGUCAACAGUUUAAUGAAAUACAGCAGACAGUUUCGUUGUGAAAACAUGUUACUAUCGAUGUUCCCUUACAGAUUUCACUUGUUUUUCCAUAUUAAGCACCAGGAAAUGGAUUGGAGUGCCCAUGGCAUGGACAGUUUGGGCAGAAUAUCUAUCACAUGAAGUAGUUUCCCAGAAAUGGGACCAAGCUGCGGGAAAGUGACCUCCAUUCGCUAUUCGUUACGGAUGAUAUGCAUCUUUUUCUCUUGCCUCUGUUUCUGCAAAUGUGAUGAUGGGACAUUCUAAAUCGAAACUCAUUUUACAUAUUAGUUAGGAUUAAAUUCAGAAUAGUCUAGUGAAAUAAUGAUCACUUGAUGAGAGCUGGAGUGAACAGCAGCUUUUUUUUGUGACUUUCUCAAAAUUGUCAAUAGCCUAUCGUCGCAUCAUGCAGCCCAUACCUUUUGAUUUCUAAAGCAUUCUAAGGUUUGUAUCAUUCACAACUAAAGUUGCCAAAUUACAGAAAAUCUGGCAUAUAGAACCUGUUUCAAAUGAUGAUUUUUAUGCUCAACAUAGACACUUCAUAUGCUCACUCCGGAAUGGGAAAAAUAUCAUUUCUAUUUUAAGUUAAAUUAUAAUCGUCUUACUAUAAAAUCAUAUAAUAUAAAAUAAUGGCAUGGGACUUAAGCAUAUCUUGUCUGCUAAAUGAACAAGCUUACAGCAUGGCGCAUAGCCAUAAAAUGAUAUUUACUUUUGACAGUAUACAGUAGGGCAACUCAUUCUUCUGAAAUACAUUUUCCUCACAUCAUGUUUCUUUAGACUUGACUAAAAUAAAGCACGGCUUUGUUGUGAUGGUGUAUAUUCAAUUGAUUUAUUCUGUGUUUUUAAAUGUAGAUGUUCCAAAGUUCAUCAGCAGCUUGUAUGCAUGGAGGGCUGGAGAUGCUCAACGUGUUUAUGUUAAUUCCUGGUCAAUUACCAUGAGACCAGCAGGCUUUUGCAUGACAACCAGCUGACAAAGUGUCAUGACCACCACAGCCCUACUUAUUGUUUUGUGCAAUAACAAGUACUGUACUUUACAUUGUGAGUAUUACCAUUUUGUUGAAAUAAAAUACAAAGUUGACUCUG